AUGGAAGCAUUUCAAAAAAUACAUCCAUUAGAGUUUUAUAGAAAAUUUUUAAUUAGAUCAGUAAGACCUGAUGGUAGAUCAUUAAACGAUACAAGAAAGACCACUAUUUCAACAGGUUCAGUUACAACAGCAGAUGGUUCUUCAUUUGUAAAGAUUGGCAAUACAUCAGUAGUAUGUGGUGUUAGAGCUGAAGUAGGAGAGAAACCAUCAACUGAUAAAUCUAAACUUCAAUCGAUCAAUAAUCACGAAAAUAGUAAUAUAUUUAUAAAUAUUGAAUUGGGACCAAUUUGUUCAAAUACAUUUUCAUCAACAAAACCAUCAGAUAUGGCAAUGACAUUAUGCUCAAGAUUAAAUUCACUUAUUAAUCGUUUAGAAAUACCAGAUACAGAUUUUUAUUUUGAUGAAGAGGGUAAAGCACUUUGGUAUUUAUAUGUAGAUAUUUAUUGUUUAGAUUAUGAUGGAAAUAUUUAUGAUGCAGCAGUACUUUCAAUUUUAUCAGCUCUUAAAAAUGUAAAAUUACCAAAAGGAAUUAUCGAAAAUAAUGACGAAUAUUAUAAAGAUUUAGAACAACCAUUAAGAGAAUUAAAUAUUAAGCAUUAUUUAAUCCCAACAUCAUUUUCAGUUAUUGAGGAUUAUAUUUUAUCAGAUCCAUCAUUAGAAGAGGAAAAACUAUCAACUGGUACAAUCAAUAUAACUUAUAAUGAACAUAAAGAAAUUUGUUUACUUUUGGUCACCGGCAUCAAUUCGAUCUCUGAAUCAAAUUUAAAAGAAUGUAUGAAAAAAGCAAAAGAUAGAUGUCAAUAUAUAAUAAAUUUAAUAAAUACAAAUUAA